AUGAAUUCCAGGGAAGAAAAAAUAAAAAUAAUUUCAGAGGAGCUCACUGAAAAUGAGGAGGAUGUGGAUGUGGGAAGUCGGAAGAAGAACCCAAAGGGUCAACGACCAAGAAAGAAACGGAGGCCGAUUCCUGUCUCUCCGCCUGCUGAAAUGGUGUCAGAAAAAUCCCAUGUUGACUCCCAGCAGGAGCCCAGGCAGGAAGAACCCGAGACUGGCCUUCUGAGCAUGCCAGCCCGGCGGGGCCCACGCAGCUUGCCUCCAAUUCCAUCAGCUUCCAGAACGGGCUUUGCAGAGUUCUCCAUGAGGGAACGCAUGAGGGAGAAACUGCAAGCUGCGAGGUCCAAAGCAGAAAGUGCGUUGCUGCAGGAAAUUCCCACCCCACGACCCAGGCGCUUAAGAAGUCCCAAGGAGAGAGAAUCGGAGACUGAAUUUGGCACAGAGCCUGGGAAAGAGAUACAAAGCAUUCAACAAAAAGAUGAUGCCCAAAGUUAUUCAAGGGUCAAGUUCCGUGAGCAAAGAAUCAAGUCUAAACCCCAGGCGCCCCCAGGUUUCCCUUCUGCAGAAGAGGCCUAUAACUUCUUUACUUUCAACUUUGAUCCUGAGCCAGAGGAAUCAGAGGAAAAAACAAAAAUGAAAGCCAGAGAUGGAACUAGUCAAGAGGAGGAGGCAGGGGAGGAAGAGGAGCCACCUGUCCAGGGAGGAAGCAAAACGGAUGAGGAAGGGCUACUGAAUGGUAAGGAUGCCGAGGACUUCCUUUUGGGCUUAGAUCACGUGGCCAAUGAUUUUGUGGCUGUCAGACCUGCAGAUUAUGAAAGUGUCCAUGUUUGGCUGCAGAAGGAAAAAGAAAUCCUCUUCAUACCCAGUAGACUGACAGUGCCGACCUAUAAAAAGCUUCCUGAGAAUGUGCAGCCCAGAUUCCUUGAAGACGAAGGCCUUUACAUUGGGGCAAGACCAGAGGUGGCACCCACCAAUCGGAACAUCAUGGAGAACAGACUGCUGGUGCAGGAGCCUGGAAGGAGGUGGUUCGGAGAUGACGGCAGAAUCCUAGCUCUGCCAAGCCCCAUCAGGCCGUUUCCCUCCAGGCCGCUGCUGUCAACUCAGGAGCAAAGCACCAAGGCAGAGCUGGAGACCUUGUAUAGAAAGGCAGUGAAAUACGUCCACAGCAGUAAGCACAUGGUCGGAUCUGGAGACCCUCCUGGAAAUUUCCAACUGGACAUUGACAUCUCAGGGCUACUCUUUACUCAUCACCCCUGUUUUAGCCGAGAGCACGUUUUGGCAGCCAAGCUGGCCCAGUUAUAUGACCAGUACCUUGCAAGACAGCAGAGAAACAAGGCAAAAUUUCUUACAGAUAAGCUCCAAGCUCUAAGAAAUGCUGUUCAGGCCAGCCUUAGUCCAGAAACACCUCAGCAGUCUCUGGAUACAAACCAAAAAACCAUCAAAGAAUAUAAGCAUGAAAUUCAGCAAACAAGGAAACUGCGUGACGCCGAACAAGAGAAAGACAGAAACCUGCUGAAGACCCUCAUAAAAGUCUGGAAAGAGAUGAAAUCUCUCCGAGAGUUCCAAAGGUUUACAAAUACGCCCUUGAAGCUUGUUUUGAGAAAGGAAAAAGUUGACCAAAAAGCUGAUGAAAAAGCAUAUGAAGCAGAAAUUCAAGCUGAAAUAAAUGAAUUGUUGGAAGAGCAUACGGAAGAGUACGAACAGAAGAUGGAAGAGUAUAGAGCUUCAUACCAGCAGUGGAAAGCCUGGAAGAAAGCCCAAAGGGCCAAGAAGAAGAAAAAGAAGGAGGCAGCGGAAGAACACCCCGAGGAGGAGGCAGAGGAGGCCCCUCCGGGGGAGGAGCCCGUGAAGCCGGUCCCUCCAGAGCCCACUGACCCGGGAGAGCUAGAGCAGAAGGUGAGGGAGCGAGCAGCCCAUAGCAGGAGGCGCCCGGGGGAGCCCCUGCUGCUCCCGGAGCUGAGCCUGGCGGGGAGCGUGACGCCCAAUGAGCAGUGCCCCAGGGUAGAGGUCUUGCGGAGAGAAGAUGUGAGGAGGCGCUGUGUGUACUUGAAGGUGCUCUUCAACAACAAGGAGGUGUCCAGGACAGUCAGUCGACAGCUUGGUGCAGACUUCCGAGUUCACUUUGGACAGAUUUUCAACUUACAGAUAUUCAACUGGCCAGAGAGCUUAACGCUUCAGGUCUAUGAAACCAUUGGACACAGCAGCACCACCUUGCUAGCAGAAGUGUUUCUGCCUAUCCCUGAGACUACUGUUGUCACUGGAAGGGCUCCCAUAGAAGAAGUGGAAUUUAGCAGUAACCAGCAUGUGACACUGGACCACGAGGGAGUUGGAAGCGGAGUGCCCUUCUCCUUUGAAGCUGAUGGCAGCAAUCAACUGACUCUAAUGACCUCGGGGAAGGUGUCGCACAGUGUGGCAUGGGCUGUUGGGGAAAAUGGCAUCCCGCUAAUUCCUCCAUUGUCACAGCAGAACAUCGGAUUUCGGAGUGCUUUGAAGAGAGCAGAUGCCAUCUCAUCUAUUGGCACAUCAGGAAUGACAGACAUGAAGAAGUUGGCCAAGUGGGCAGCAGAGUCCAAGCUUGACCCGAAUGACCCCAACAAUGCCCCUUUAAUGCAACUGAUCUCGGUGGCUACCAGUGGUGAAUCCUAUGUCCCUGAUUUCUUUCGACUGGAACAGCUACAACAGGAAUUUAACUUUGUCUCAGAUGAGGAAUUAAAUCGAUCCAAACGUUUCAGGCUUCUUUGUCUUAGAAGCCAAGAGGUGCCAGAAUUCCGAAAUUAUAAGCAAAUUCCAGUAUAUGACCGAGAAAUUAUGGAAAAAAUAUUCCAGGAAUAUGAGAAGCGGUUACAAGACAGAAAUGUAAUUGAAACCAAGGACCAUAUAGACACCCAUAGGGCCAUUGUAGCCAAGUACCUCCAGCAGGUUAGAGACUCGGUGAUAAAUCGUUUCCUAGUUGGUAAACACCAUUUUCUUCUUACUGAUUUGGUAGUCGAAGAAGAAGUUCCCAAUAUCAGUUCUGAAGGCUCGGGCAUUUUGGGCCUGAGCCUUUUCAAGCUGGCAGAACAAAAGCGGCCACUGAGGCCAAGGAGAAAAGGGCGGAAGAAGGUGACCGCCCAGAACCUGUCGGAUGGAGACAUCAAGCUGCUGGUGAACAUUGUGCGGGCGUAUGACAUUCCAGUGAGGAAGCCCCCGGCAAGCAAAUUCCAGCAGCCCUCGAGGUCCUCCAGGGCUUUCAGUGAAAAGCACGUUGCCUCCCCGAGCACACACAGCCCGGCCCACAGCCCCGACUAUGCCCUCGGCCAGGUUUUAGUGCGUCCUUUUGUAGAAGUCUCUUUUCAACGAACAAUUUGCCACACCACAACAGCUGAAGGGCCGAAUCCCAGCUGGAAUGAAGAACUCCAACUUCCCUUUAGGGCCCCUAAUGGGGAUUAUAGCACAGCGAGUUUACAGUCAGUGAAAGAUGAUGUGUUUAUUAAUAUUUUCGAUGAAGUACUAUACGAUGUCUCAGAGGACGACCGUGAAAGGGGAAGUGGAAUCCAUACCCGUAUUGAGAGACACUGGCUGGGAUGCGUGAAGAUUCCAUUUAGCACUAUAUAUUUCCAAGCAAGGAUCGAUGGAACAUUUAAAAUAGAUAUUCCCCCAGUUCUCCUGGGCUACAGUAAGGAGAGAAACAUGAUUCUUGAGAGAGGCUUUGAUUCUGUCCGAAGCUUAAGUGAAGGUUCCUACAUCACCCUGUUCAUCACCAUCGAGCCUCAGCUGGUUCCUGGAGAGUCAGUUCGAGAAAAGCUGAGCAUGCUUAAGAAGUUUGAGUCUCAGGAAGAUGAGAAAUUGCUUCAAGCAACAGAGAAGUUUCAAGCUGAAUGUGCCUUAAAGUUUCCAAAUCGUCAGUGCCUGACAACAGUAAUUGAUAUAAGUGGAAAAACUGUGUUUGUUACCCGGUAUCUCAAACCUUUAAAUCCUCCUAAGGAGCUCCUUAAUGCCUACCCCAGUAAUCCACAGGCAACAGCAGAACUGGUAGCUCGAUACGUGUCCUUGAUUCCUUUCUUGCCCGACACUGUUUCAUUUGCCAGUAUCUGUGACCUCUGGAGCACCUCUGAUCAAUUUCUUGAUCUCCUGGCAGGAGAUGAGGAAGAGCAUGCAGUGUUGCUAUGUAAUUACUUUCUGUUCCUGGGUAAGAAGGCCUGGCUGGUGAUGGGCAAUGCUAUUCCUGAGGGUCCAACUGCCUAUGUGCUAACUUGGGAACAAAAUCAUUAUUUAAUAUGGAAUCCUUGCAGUGGACAUUUUUAUGGACAAUUUGAUACGUUCUGUCCUCUGAAAAGUGUGGGCUGUUUAAUUGGUCCUGAUAAUAUUUGGUUUAAUAUUCAACAAUAUGAUUCUCCACUAAGGAUAAAUUUUGAUGUCACCAAGCCCAAGCUGUGGAAAUCUUUUUUUUCAAGAAGCCUUCCAUAUCCUGGCCUUUCCAGUGUUCAGCCUGAAGAGCUGAUUUAUCAACGAACCGACAAAGCAGCAGCAGCUGAGCUCCAAGACAGGAUUGAAAAAAUACUAAAAGAAAAAAUCAUGGACUGGAGGCCACGCCAUCUUACGAGGUGGAAUAGGUACUGUACCUCCACACUGCGCCACUUCUUGCCUUUGUUAGAAAGAAGUCAAGGAGAAGAUGUAGAAGAUGACCACAGAGCAGAACUACUGAAACAGUUAGGAGACUACAGGUUCUCUGGAUUUCCCCUUCAUAUGCCCUAUUCUGAAGUGAAGCCUUUAAUUGAAGCUGUGUAUAGCACUGGAGUACAUAAUAUAGAUGUUCCUAAUGUUGAGUUUGCUUUAGCUGUAUAUAUCCACCCAUAUCCCAAAAAUGUUUUGUCUGUUUGGAUCUACGUUGCCUCCCUUAUACGCAACAGGUAA